CAAUUUACAGAUAAGGAAACUGAGGCCUAGAGUGGAUAAGUAACUUGGCCAAAUAAGGUAGAACCACAACUAGAGAGAACCAAGGGCUACUUUGAUCCAAGGCUUUCUCUGCUACACACAGCCUUUUCUACAUAGCCUUUUCUUUGAUUCUCCGGGGCAUUUAGCAGAAAAACACAAGCUCCUCUGAAGUGAGAAGAUGUCCUCAGCUGUGAGCCCUGUGCAAAAUCACUAAUGACUGAUUACCUGACAUUUCUGCGUCACCAGCAGGUCCUCAGGGUUUGUGCAAGUUUGCAAACAUGUUCACUGUUUCUCAGACCUCGAGAGCUUGGUUCAUUGAUAGAGCUCGUCAGGCUCGAGAGGAAAGGCUGGUGCAGAAGGAGCGGGAGAGGGCAGCUGUGGAGAUUCAGGCCCACGUACGGAGUUUUCUCUGUCGGCGUCGACUGCAAAGAGAAAUCAGGAGAGAGAUUGAUGAGUUUUUUAAAGCAGAUGACUCUGGGUCCAGUAAAAGAAGUGCACUUUGUAUUUUUAAGACUGCCAGGAAACUGCUGUUCUUGUUCAGAAUUAAAGAGGAUGAUGAGAGAUUUGAGAAGUUGUGUCGCUGCAUCCUGAGCAGCAUGGAUGUUGAGAAUGAACCGAAGGUAUGGUACGUGUCCCUGGCUCUUUCCAAGGAUCUCACCCUCCUGUGGAUUAAACAGAUCAAAGACGUUCUGUGGUAUUGCUGUGAGUUUCUUGAGCAGCUCAAGCCUGAAAUUUUACAAGACUCCAAACUCAUCACACUGUACCUCACGAUGCUUAUCAGCUUUACAGACACUUCAACAUGGAAAAUUCUCCGGGGAAAAGGUGAGAGUCUUCGACCAGCCAUGAACCACAUUUGUGCAAAUAUAAUGGGCCAUCUCAACCAGCAUGGAUUUUAUUCUGUGCUGCAGGUAUUGUUAACCCGUGGCCUGGCGAGACCCCGGCCUUGUCUGUCCAAAGGCACUUUAACAGCAGCCUUUUCCCUAGCAAUGCGCCCUGUGAUUGCUGCACAAUUUUCAGACAAUCUGAUCCGGCCGUUGCUCAUUCACAUUGUGUCCGUGCCCGCUCUCGUGACUCAUCUCAGCACAGUGACCCCCGAGCGCCUCGCUAUUUUAGAAUCUCAUGACAUGCUCCGUAAAUUCAUCACAUUUUUAAGAGACGAAGAUCGAUGCCGUGAUGUAUGUGAAAGUUUAGAAGGAUGCCAUACACUUUGUCUCAUGGGCAACCUCCUGCACUUGGGCUCCCUCAGCCCCAGGGUGUUAGAGGAGGAGACAGAUGGGUUUGUGAGUUUGCUCACCCAAAUGCUCUGCUACUGUCAGAAGUACGUGUCCCAGAAGAAAUCCAACCUGACCCACUGGCACCCUGUCCUUGGCUGGUUCUCCCAAUCCGUGGACUAUGGCCUUAACGAGUCCAUGCCCUUGGUCACCAGACAGCUGCAGUUCCUGUGGGGGGUGCCUCUGAUCCGGAUCUUCUUCAGUGACAUCCUGAGCAAGAAGCUGCUGGAGAACCAGGAGCCGGUCCACGCGCCGCCAGCAUCCCCACAGAAUGUGCUUCCCGUGAAGACUCUCCUGAAGCGUGCAUUUCAGAAGUCGGCGUCAGUUCGGAAUAUCCUCAGGCCUGUUGGGGGUAAACGUGUUGAUUCUGCGGAGGUACAGAAGGUUUGCAACGUCUGCGUCCUCUACCAGACCUCGCUGACGACUCUCACCCAGAUCCGGCUGCAGAUACUCACAGGUCUCACUUACCUUGAUGACCUGCUGCCCAAACUUUGGGCGUUUAUCUGUGAACUGGGGCCCCACGGAGGGUUAAAGCUCUUCUUGGAAUGCCUCAACAAUGACACUGAAGAGUCUAAGCAGCUCUUGGCCAUGCUGAUGCUGUUCUGUGACUGUUCCCGCCACCUCAUCACGAUCCUUGAUGACAUUGAAGUUUAUGAAGAACAGAUUUCAUUCAAACUAGAAGAACUGGUCACCAUCUCCGCUUUUCUGAAUUCCUUUGUGUUUAAGAUGAUCUGGGAUGGAAUCGUAGAGAAUGCCAAGGGCGAGACCUUGGAGCUGUUCCAGUCCGUCCACGGGUGGCUGAUGGUGCUCUAUGAGCGGGACUGCCGGCGGCGCUUCGCACCCGAGGACCACUGGCUGCGAAAGGAUCUCAAACCUAGCGUGCUCUUCCAAGAACUUGACAAGGACAGAAAACGGGCUCAGCUGAUCCUGCAGUACAUCCCGCACGUCAUUCCUCACAAAAACGUGAGUUGCACUCAGAGCUGGGGUCCUCCCACCAAGUUCCUGACUGUCCAUUUUUGUUAUAGCGAUUAUUAG